AUGUCAUCAUCUACAUUUGUUAAGAAGCUAGCAUCGAGUGAUAAGAAAACUAGAGAUGCAGCAUUGGAAUCCUUACAAAAUUUUCUUCUUUCUAAGAAAGAUCUUUCAUUAUUAGAUUUAAAAAAAAUUUGGAAAGGUUUAUAUUUUUCAAUGUGGUAUUGUGAUAGAAGUAAAGCACAAGAAAGAUUAAGUGAAAAUUUGGGAAGUUUAUACAGUGAUUGUAUAAGCUCGGAAUUAUUUAAUGUUUUCACUUUAGCAUUUUGGGAAAUUAUAAUUAUCGAAUGGAAAAAUUUAGAUCAAUGGAGAUUAGAUAAAUUUUAUUUAUUAAUUAGAAGAAUUUUAAGACAUAAUUUUAAAUUCUUAAAAAAACAAAAUUGGGAUGAAAAAUUAGUUAAUGAAUGGGUAGAAGUUUUAAAUAAAAGUGCAUUAAGUGGUGCAGAUAAUGUUAGUAUGGCAUUACCUUAUCAUUUAUGUGAUAUUUUCAUAGAUGAAUUGCAAUUGAUUAUGUUUGAAGAAAUUCAAGAAGAAAUUGAUGAAUUUGAUGAAGAGAAUUCUAGUAUAGAAGAAAAAACAGAAUUACUUAAAAAGAAAGUUGAUAUUGUUUCUGAAAUUCCUGUUCUUAAAUUAAUUGAACCAUUCAUCAAGUUAAAUAAAGAUGCCAAAUUAAAGACUUUAAGAGAAAAAUGUAGGGAAGAUAUUUUGGAUGAUGAAAGAUUAAAAGAUUGGGGUGUUAUUGAAGAUGAUAGUGACGAUGAAGACGAAGAUGAAGAUGAAGAUAAUGGAAAAGAUAGUGAUGACAGUGAAGAUGAAUGGAAUGGCUUCUAA